CUUAGGGAAAGAUUGAAGGGGAAAACCAAAGAGGAUCGAGGUUUAGCUGCUGGGAAAAGUAGUGAUAAAAUCGCUAUCAAACAUAAAAUUGAAGGAAUAAGUGUUAUGGCUAAAGAACUAAGUUUGCCAAUCAAGAAUUUUAAAAACAGGCCAUUCUUAGAUACCAAAGCUAAGGUGGAGCAAGUACUCUUGCAAUCGGACAUAUUUGGUAGCGGUACUACAUUGACGCCUGUUGGCCCAACUGAAACAAGAACUUUAAAAUCAGUAAGUGAUCAUUUUGGAUCAAGUGAAACACUUAUAUCCCAUGAUGAAGUAUCUCACGUUAAUAGCCCAUUCGAGCCAAGGUGGUGUUUUGGUUUUAACCCGGAUGUGCAGAUUUUAAACCUCUCCACAGACAAAAAAUCUCUGAUCCUGUUUGCUAACUCUCAGUUCCCUGUUCUGUAUAACUUUCAUGAGGAUACCAUGCACUUCAUGCAAGGACAUCUGAACAAGAUAAGUUGCUUUGGCGAGAAACUCGACGGGUUCUCUACUAGUAUCAGCUGA